AUGGAUAAUCGCCUGUGUGGACCAUUCAAUGUAUUGAGAAACUAUUUACCCGAUGAAUUAGAUAAUUCUGCAAAAUACGAAUUUGAUAAAAAUGAGUAUCUUAAGAAAUAUUGUCCUAAUGGAGAUUCAGAUAAAAAAUGUGAGACUGAUCUCGAUAAAAUUAAGGCUGGAUUUUUAUGUUUAUUUGAACAAAUUAUUGUUAAUAAUAUUGAUAAUUUAAGUAAAGAAGAGGUUAAAGUGUUUAUUAUAUACAUUAUGAUAUGGUUAAAUUAUAUGUUAAACCUAAAAAAAGUUAAUGACACCAACAACUUAAAUGAGUUUUAUAUUAAAUAUACAGAAAAAAAUACGGAUUAUGAAUAUUGUAAAACAGAUGGUAUUGAUUGUGAUAGUGCAUUAAAAAAUCAACUAGGAUAUGAUAAUUUUACGGAAAUCAUAAAUGAAAGAAAGGAUUUGUUGAAUAUUAAAUUUAAAGAUCCUUCUAAAGUUUAUGAUUUAUUUAAAUUAUUAUGUAAUAUGUAUUAUGAUGUUAAUGGAGGCGAUUCAAAUCCCGAGAAUCAAUUAAAAAUAGCUAAUCAAUUUUUUGAAAAAUAUAAAGAACUUAAUGGAUAUUCUGAUAUUACUGAAGAUAGUCCCUAUUAUCAAGUAUUGUCUACAUUAUCAAAUGAUUAUAAUAAUAUUAUAAACGAAUGUAGCAAUUGUCAAUCUAGUAAUUUUCCAUCAUUUCUAACAUAUUCACGAAGAUCAGUAAUAAAAAACACACUAAUUUCAAUUGCAUUUAUAUUUGCUUCAGUAUCAAUUUUCUUGGGUAUUGCUUAUAAGUAUUCGUUAUUUGGAUUUCGGAAACGAUUUCAAAAACAACAAUUAAGAGAAAAACUAAAAAAUAUAAAGAAGAGAAUGAAUCAUUAA